CUUGCAGUAUGUAGUCGUAAGCAUGGUGUUGUGACAAACGAGAUGGAUUUAAAGCUGUUCCUCUUGUCCUUUUUGGUUUCGCAGUCUAUGUGUAUAAGAGAACUCCCAAAAUCGCAAACAUGGGGUCCUAUUAAAAUUCUACCAAAAUACACACCAAAUUCAAGACAAUGUUUUUGUUACUCACAAAAGUCGAGUGGUACACCGGUAUUAGAGAAAUUGACAAAUAAUGGUGAAAACAUGAAAAGACUAGUCGUAUAUUUGUACGAAAAUCCUAUUUCAAAUGAAAUCGAAUUAUAUGUACCAAAUAAAGAGAAACAACAGGCGAUACCUGAUCUUUCUUUUGAUGAAGGCGACCAAUUAGAAGGACCUGACAAUUUACUUACUAUAUUCACUAAAUAUCCCGAUCUGGUAAGUGAACGAAGCCAUAUGCGUCCGAAUAAACCAAUGAUUGAGCGAAAAAAUAAAGGUAAAAAUUUACCAUCCAAACAGAAUGUUAUAAAACUAUAUGACGAAAAUAUUUUCUUUGAUAACCAGAAACCUCCGAGACCAAAGAAUAUUCGAAACCACCAGAAUUUAAACAUUGACUUAAAUCCGGAAAUGCAACCUUAUUUCGACUUUGAAGGGAAUGGACCAGGCGCACCUAUUAAUGUUAUAUCUGUGAACAUCAAUAGAAAGAAAUCAGAUCCAAAUACGAUUAGCCCUUAUGGAGGAAAUACAAUUAAAAUAACGAAGUCCAAUAGUGACGAAUUUAAUACCAAUUUGGACUCAGAUAAUAAUCUAGAUGACGUGAUAGUUGAUUAUCCUGAAAAUAGUGUAAUUGAAGAAACUAGUAUAUCAACAGAUGCUUUGGAAACUGACGCUGACGACGGAGACGGGGAUAACAUUGAUGCACCGGACCCGGAGGAGAUUAUAGCAGAAAACGAUUUUAAGGAUAUGCCGCCAGAACUAACUGAUGAGAUAACAGACUUUGAUGAACCAACUUCUAAUGAAAAAAUAUCACAAACCCCAAAACCAAGUCAAACAUCACAAAAUCCUAUUAUAGAAACACACACAGUGCCGACAGAAUUAUCAAAUAUAGAUACAUUUAUCACUGAUACGUCAGAUGAUAUUAGUACAAUUGAAAAUGUCAUUAAGCCUAUAGAAAAUGAAAUACAAGAAGAAGAUUCAUUUAACAUUGUUACAGAUAUACGUGAAGAAAUAGUACCUCUGUUAGAAAAUGACAGUACAUCUCAGUCCAAUCAGGACAGACCUGAAAUUGAUGAUAUUUCUUCUGACGAUUUGAUAAAUUAUGAUAUUCAACCGCCACAUCUAAUCAUAGGCCAUAAUAAAAAACUUAUAGAUACAGAAAAAAUAACUCCAAUAUCUAUAAAUGUUCAAAAGAAACUCAUUGAUACGUUAUUACCAGACAACAGAAUACCAAUAGAUUAUAUUAAAAAUGAAAUGUUUCAUAAUCGACCACUAAGUCCUGGCGAUUUAUCUUUUUUAAAAAAAACUUUAAUAAAAAAAAUUCAAGGCGUCAACGGAGUAAAUAUUCAAGAUACUUUUGAUAAUUGGUUCGACCAGCAAAUGAAACGAGUGAGAUUCGUAAAUUCGAGAGCGUCAAAUUCAAUAGAUAUUUACACGUUGAAAUACCUUAUAGAAAAAACCUUACAUGAAAAAGGAAUGUUUGUUACAGAGAAAGGUUAUAUAAUUGAUUCCGAUGGACAUAUUUUAAAUACGGCUAAUUUGGGUUUACGUCCAAUUUUAAUAGGGAAUUCUGUUGAAUAUAAGAAUUUGUUGCAGGGAAAAUUUACAACAUAUAAAUUACCAAUGGACAUGCCUUAUUUAGAAGCAGUUUUGAUUACAUCAAUUGAUCCUCCGAAAAUACUGGGUAUCAUACCUCUUGGCAAGACUUAUCUCCCUAACACUGUUCAAAAACCUUUCCCGUACUAUGUCGAUAACGGAAUAGUCCGAAAUAGUUGUGGAGGAAUUUGUAAUAUGCGAGAUAUGUUGAUUCCAUCUUUGAAUUCAAGACGUUAUAUAGGUAGAGGUCCAACUUAUGUUGGUUCCAGACCUUUAAGGACAAGAGUGACGCAAAAGCACCAAGGCAAACCUUUACUCGGGAGAAGGCCUUUUACUCGAAGAAUAUUUCCAUUCGAUGAAGUAAAUAAUUUCAUUGACAAAAUUUACAGGUUACCAUUACGCGAGUCGCAAGUAGUUCAAAAACCUACCACGUAUGUAGUUAAUUAUGAAACUGGACCAUUAAUGACAAAGGAACAGGUUAUAAAUUAUCCUAUACCUAUUGCGGUGUCCGAAGUAACUCCAGGUUUUCGAAUCAUCGGCGGAAACCCUGCGACUAGCAGUGGUACUCCUGUUAGUAGUAGAGGUCGGUCAGGCUAUUUAGAAAAUGCUUCAUCACCUACUGAUGAUGAAAAUUGA